AAUGCCUCCGUUGUGUGUAACUAUUCAAAAAUUGCACUAUUCAGGCGGACCUUUAGAACAAGGUGACAUUGAGGAUUUCAUGGUGGGGAGAAAUAGAGUGCCUUGUGUAAAAUGCCCUUGGCACAACUGGAGAAUUAAUUUACUUGAUGGAAAAGUUGUUUCUCCUAACCACGUGGGAAGAUCCAUCGAGACAUAUCCAGUUAAAUUGGACAAGGACGGUAGAAUAAUCAUAGGAUUCAAAGACCUACAUCCAAAAGUAUUCACAGAAUUUGAAGGAAUAUAA